AUGCCUCGUCGACGGUAUCGCCUCUUUACACUCUGCGCCGUCUUCAUCGUCUUCCUUCUCUACCGCACUCUCCAGACCUCGUGGGCCCAGUCCGCCGACUCCUACGACUCCCUCCACUCUCCUCCCAAAUCGCCGGUCCAACCCCUCGCUGGCGGCGGUGAUGAUUCGACAGACCUGUCCGGACACGCUUCCCCUCCGCUGUUAGCGGACGAACAGGACGCGGCGGAGAAGCAUCUAUACGGCGAUUCCAAGGCCAAAGAUACUGAAGUCAAGGAUACUGAAGUCAAGGACACGUCCGAAUACGACGGCUCCUCCGACUCGGCCAGCGGCGAUGGAAGCUCGGCGCCCCCCAGCAAGCCGGCCGCAAAAGACGAAGAACCUGUCAAAGAGGCAGUUCCCGAAGUCCCCAAGGUCCAUUGGACCGAUCCUCCCGUCAAUAAUCACAACAUGGAACAUCCUGCCGAAGACGCGGAAGAGCUGGCUCAACACUGGGUCAGGCCCAAGGAGAACUUCCCCCUCCCCUCGGCCUCCCUGAUCCCGAUCCCCACGGGAAUCCCCAAGCAGAUCCCCAAGGUCCAGUACGACUUCGACCCCGAGUCUGACCAGGCCAAGGCAACACGCCUGAAGCGCCAGGCCCGUGUCAAGGUCGAGCUGGAGCGCGCCUGGUCGGGCUACCGCAAGUACGCCUGGAUGCACGACGAGCUGUCUCCCCUCUCCAAUGGGUACCGCGAUCCCUUUUGCGGCUGGGCUGCUACCUUGGUCGAUUCUCUUGAUACCCUCUGGAUUGCCGACAUGAGGGAUGAGUUCGACGAGGCAGCCACCGCUGUCGCCAAGAUUGACUUUACUUUUACCCCCAAGAAUGACAUUCCUGUCUUCGAGACUACGAUUCGCUACCUGGGAGGUCUGCUCGCCGCCUACGACGUCAGUGGAGGCGCUGAGGGCAAGUAUCCCAUUCUUCUCCAAAAAGCCACUGAGCUCGCCGAGAUCCUGAUGGGUAUGUUUGACACCCCGAAUCGCAUGCCCAUCUUGUACUACGUGUGGCGACCUCCUUACUCUUCGGAGCCUCACCGCGCCGGCUCUGUCGGCAUUGCCGAACUGGCCACCCUCUCUCUGGAGUUCACCCGCCUUGCGCAGCUCACGGGUGCAGCGAAGUACUAUGAUGCCAUUGAUCGCAUCACCGAUGCCCUGGUGCUUAUGCAGGCGGAGGGCCACACCCAUAUUCCUGGUCUGUUCCCCGAGCGCAUCGAUGCUUCGGGCUGUAACAAGACAGCAACCACCCUCAGGGACACGCUCAGUAAGGAGGCUCAGAAGCAGAUAGACUCGCACGAACUAGAUGUGCCACCGAAAGGCUUCCAAACCGAGCCUGAGGCCAACUCUGAAGCCAAGUCUGAGUCCAAGUCUGAGUCCAAGCCCGACAUGAAGCUGAACGCCAGAGCCGUGAUUCCUCCCCCUAACCCCGAUGCUGAAAAGAGCCAGGAAAGUGGCUCGGACAAUUCAUUGGGCCCUGUUUACGCUCCCUCUAGUAAUGAGGAGGCAGAGGGCGAGACGAAGAACAUUGGCCGGGUAGGCCCUCUCUCGGCCGAUGGAUCUACCUCUAAGUGGGACUGUGUGCCCCAAGGUCUUAUGCCAGCUUCCUACGGAGGUGCACAAUACCACAUGGGAGGAGCCCAGGACUCGGCCUAUGAAUAUUUUCCCAAGCAAUACCUUCUGUUGGGUGGCCUCGAGUCCAAGUAUCAGAAGCUUCAUGAAGACACCAUCGACGCAAUCAACGAUCGACUGCUGUAUAGGCCUAUGGUCGAUGGCAAAGAGUGGGAUAUUCUGCUUCCUACCAAGCUCUCCCUAGUUGGGAGAAGUGAGACCAAGUUCACUACGUCGUAUGAAAUGGCCCACUUGACAUGCUUCAUUGGUGGAAUGUACGGCUUGGGCGGCAAGAUCUUUGGAAGACCCAAGGAUAUCGAGACGGCCAAGCAGCUCACCGAUGCCUGCGUGUGGGCUUACCAGUCUACGGCCACGGGCGUCAUGCCGGAGUUUGCCCAUCUGGCUCCUUGUCCCACGUUGGAAAAGUGCGAAUUCAACCAGACUUACUGGUACGAGUUGCUGGAUGGGUCCAUGGAAUGGAGGAAGAAGGAGUUGGCCAAGUGGGAGAAGGCCGCGGCCGAGGCCGAUAAGGAGCAAGUGAAUAAGGAGGCUGACGCCCUGAAGCAACAGGCCGCAAGGAAUGCCGAGGCCGUAAAGAAUGCUCAGCUCGCAAAGGAAGACGACGCUGAAGAUUCAAGCAAGAAGGCAGACCCCAUCAACCGAUUAGACGACUUGAGCACUAGCUCUGAGUCGGAACUCAAGCCCAAGGAGAAGUCCAAGUUGAUAAAGAGGGCAGGUAUUCCGAUGCCAGAAUUGGACCUUGAAUUGUCCGCCCCGAAGGGUGAGGCUGGCUCUGAGCUUCCAGCGUCCCUCAAGAAGAAACUCGGCAUGGACAACACCAGAUGGGCGGAUAAGGAGGUGGAGAAGGAGGCAGAGAAAGAGACGGAUUUAGAAGAGGAGUAUAGUGCCCCACCGCCAUCCAAGGUCAACUUGGGUACCAAGCCGAUGACCCAUGAGGAGUACGUGGAGAGCAAGUUGAAGAGGGAAAAGUUGCCUUCGGGAUACACAAGCAUCGAUACCCCGGCGUACAUUCUUCGACCUGAGGCUAUCGAGUCUGUUUGGUACAUGUACCGCAUCACCGGCGAUCCCGAGUGGAUGGAUAAGGGCUGGAAGAUGUUUGAGGCGACCAUCGCGGUAACGCGGACUGAAUUCUCCCACAGCGCCAUCUACGACGUCAUGGAGACAGGGGGCGGCCUCAAGGACGAGAUGGAGAGCUUCUGGAUCGCCGAGACGCUCAAGUACUACUACCUCCUCUUCUCCGGGCCGGACCUCAUCAGCCUCGACGAGUGGGUCCUCAACACCGAGGCCCAUCCUUUCAAGAGGCCUACUUAG